CAGAGACGCCGUGCCAUACAACCGGACUUUGUGCUCGUUUAUGGAACUGGAAUMCUUCCAUGGAUCGGUGUCAGCAGCACACGAAUGAUGGCAACGAUUGUGGUCCCUCCGAGGGAAAGGCGAACAACGAGGGUUCGGUCCGUACAGCUUCCCAGUGCCACGGACACAUAUUGCGGUGGGUGUGCCUCUCAGGGAGUGGAGGGAAGCAAUGGUUGGAUGCCRCCGAGAAGCAGAACGARAGCAGCAUCACCACCUGUUUUCGAGGGCAGAGCAAUAGAACCAUCGGCUUGGACACUUCCGUGGGGGAGCAAUGGCUCCACGUUCGAACCUCGGUCCGGGAUUCUYUAAGCGCUGACACUACAGAUCUGGAAAGUGUGARCAACAAUGAUAGAAACAGGGAUGGCAGCGRGAUACCAAUGUCCAAUCAUGUGCCUUCUCCACCUCGGUCUCCAUCACAACAAUUCCAAUCGCAAACCGAAAAAACCACGCAAGAAUCAUCGCAGCUGUCGCUGCUGGCCUACCUUAACCAGCCCGAAUCACAAGAAGAAUCACGGUCGCAAAUGCAAACAGAACAAGAGCCACCAUCGCUGCCUAUCCUCGAUGUGUUACCAAACAGGGAACGACGGAACAARACCAGCCACUGUCACCACCACCAGGGAGGGAAUGACCUUCUAUCAUCGCAUGCCUUUUUGUGCCUGGAGCCAGUUUUCAUUCCGGUAGGUGUCAACCAAGAGCGAGUGCUUUGGACCGUCAAGGAUACSAGGUCACCUCUUGCCGAGGAGCCACAGAGCAGUGAACUUGAAGAAUACGCUGUGGAGCUCUGGAGGUCGAAUCAGGCGUCCCCCUUUUGGGACGAAACCGCGGGAGAGACACAAGCACAGAUGCAAGCGACACACGUUCCAUUGCCGAGGCGGCGAUUGAUAGCUUUGUCCCACGGGGAUGCGAUUCGGAUCCGAGUUCAAACCACUACCACCACCCACACAUCAAAACGCACGGCAGGUUCCAGCGAAGAAGKUCAUUCCCCGUUGCAAUCAAUGCCAACAUCACUCGCCGAUCGAUCUCCUUUGGCGCAAGAUCUCGCCACCAUCACGGUGCAAUAUUUUGAGUCCGAGGCCAAAGCAAAAGAAACAAGUCCAGCGACUACAAGAAUAUCUGGAUUGGCAGCCAUCGAAGCUGAGGCAAGCCCAAACCAGAGGCAAGGGGGAUCAACAUCGGCACCAGCCGGAGUCUUGACGGGGACAGCAAAAAAUGAUCAACACCAAACGAAAGCAUCCAAAGCGGCGACGAGAUUUGAAGACCAACCGAACACCUUUUGUGGGACCACAGCUGGAACGCCAACCACCAAUACAGCUGCAAAUCCUAUGAACAAUACGGUACGCUCUGCAUCUCCUCGGCAGUGUCAACAGCGGACUGCAUCCACAGCCGAUUGUGGCACCAGCGUUGCCGUCGACAGUACGGUCAAUCCGCUKCAGCAAUCCCUCCGAUCGACGCGUAUCGAACUCCUGACCCGACCCCUUGCAACCGAGAGAAGCAAGAAUGGGAACGAGAACGAGAACGAUAGAGCGCAGACAGCUGAUGUCAUUGGCGAUGGAAGUCAACCCAACCGUGAUCCAGGGACAGGUGUCAGGAGUCUAAUACAAGUGGACAAAAGGUCCGAAAGCCAAAAYGAAGCCCGAAAACAUCAGGGACCACCACGAGAAGACAAAACACAUUCCAAUGGCACCAACACGAGCCAUAGCCUAAACGGUCGUAACUACCAGCCGGCAAUCAGGAACAAACCAGCAAUAUCCACGAAUGAUGUGGCUCCUGCCCCCCUUCAUCCUCGAUCUGCAUCCCUGACAGGGGCCCCGCUGCCGCUGCCGUCUCUGCCUUUUGACGUGGUCGUAGCUGCUGCAGACCCACCCUGUGAGCAACUUACACAAGACGAUGCAUUUUUAUUGCAGCCACGGUCACAGACUUCGUUUCUCGGUGGUGUCAUUCAACUGAAGAAAAACAGAGACGAAGGCACAGACAUAGACAAAGAAAAACCCAUUGAGGGACGUGUGCCGGAUGUUGCUGCUACAUGUGUAGUUAAAAACGGAAUCGAAAAUUGUGCGGAUGYUCCUUGUACWACCUCUGUGGCAACCGUCAAAAGAGAAGGCGCAGACGCUUCGUUGGACGGGAGUAUGUGUACCCAACCAAGCAAGACAGGAGGUGCUCCCAAGGCGAGCGAUUGCAAUGAUGCAAACAAGAGUCCUCCAUCCAAUGGMUUGGCCCCCAGAUUCUUCCAUGAUGAAUGKGAAGAUASAGAUGCAACCGUUAGCAAUGCUAUCAGUACAAGGAUGGCAAAUCGGUCAGUAUGUAGUAAAUGCAACGAUAAAAACCCUUCACACAAUUCUUCCUUCGGUGAAAAGAUUUCUAAUGCUAACGCUGAACUCAKGGAAAAAGACCCCAACAAUGACGAUGGUCUUGCUUGUGAAUUUGAAAAUGAUGAUGAUGACGACGACGACGCCACUAUUCCAAUCUCAGUUGCUCCGCCGCUAGGCUAUCCGGAUACCGAAGCCAAGGAAGUGACAGUCAURAACAACCCGCAUACACGGUCCCGCCAUUCUUCGACCUUCCCACUGUUGACACAACCACCAGAAUCCCCAAAGAGAACAGAGGAGUGCGGUCAGAACAAAGCCUGCAAUCGCGAUGGCGCCACCGGCAUGCCCAAGGCCUACUCCUACACAGUCGARAAUCGAACGAAGAGCAGUAUCGAGGAGUCAACACAACCGUGCUUCAAAGCGGAACAGAUAYCCGAAUUGAAAGAAAGCUGUUCCAUAUAUCCCUCGGAUAGUUUGAACCCAUCAGUUCAUGAUCCGAGACAAGGCCUCGAUACCAACAAGAAAGAGGAUGAAGAAGAAUCCGAGGGAAGUGASAAUGACGCGCAAAGGAGCCAGCYUUUGCUCUCUGUGGACAGUGAUAAGGAURAUUUUGCAGGAGAGGGAUACAAGAGCGAGUCKUUAGAAGUAGGAUGUGGAACAAAAUUGAAUUGUAACAAUGUCGACGUAAGAAAUUCACCCAAAGAUUACAGUAGAGGGGCUAAACAAAACAGUGUGGAUCGAGGUCCAAUGCGCGAUACGAUGAACGAAACCGAUGACGAAACUGACUUUGGCAGCACGGGUGCGAAUAUAGCGAUGUCGACCGGUGGAAGCAUGAGUCCGAGCCUAGUACGUGACACCGGUGAAAGCAUCCUGGAUCAUCAUCAUCUCGAAGAUUAUUCCUGCGAGAUGGGGAACACGAGUGAGAAUCAGAAUCCGACAGAAGACGAUUUGAUUGACCCAAUCGACCCCAAGCCAACUGAAGACGACCCCAAGCCAACUGAAGACAAUAUUGAAAUAAGUUCAUGCUUGAGUGGUAGCACUAUGCUAGAAAAAGAAAUGAAAGGACUGCCAAAGAGUCAUAGCAGUAAGGUCUUCAAGGCUGAUAGAGAAGACAMCAGUAUGAUUCGUGUUGACUCCAAGGACCAAUAUAAAGCAAUCGGAGAGCAUUCGAUUGACCCAAAAAUAGCGGAGGUUGAGAGUAAAAAGAGUCCCAGCAACUCCGAAAUCGAGGCGCCAAAGAAAGAACUAACUAGUUUGGAAAAACAUAUUUGCAACGAUGGCAGACAUCGUUCGAUCGGCGGAAAAGUGGACGAAGCAGCAUCAGGAGAUGCAAAAAAAACGCACAACGAAAAAAUCAAUCGCGGUCCGACAAGGAAACGAAAGUCCUUAGCGGUCGAAAAGAGAACAGAAUCGAUAGRAACACUUCCUGAUACGAAUACCAAAGGGCCGAAGACGCGACGCACACGCAACCGUGUGUCUCCCAGCGACGAUAUUUCCGCUGUAUGUAGAGAYGCAGAUGCUGUGUACGAGAAACGAUUCAUGAAAGCAAUCGAGCGCGGGGUUGUUUCUCUCGUGAUGUCCGGUGUCGAACCCAAGAAUAUGGCUUGCGUCACCAGUUUUUGUACCAUGAAAUCAUUGAACAACGAGGCUGUAAAAGUGAACGUGAGCUCCACAAUUGAUUCAGACACAACGAUGUGCGUGAUGCCGACUGCAUCGAACAACAAGUAUGAAGCUGCCGCUCGCACACUGAAAGCUCUGGAAUGUUCACUGCUAGGUGUACCGAUCGUUCCUCUGAAAUGGAUCAGAGACUGUGUGAAGGCUGGAGGCAUUCCCGGGAUUCCUGACCAGUACAUACGAACGCUGCCAUCAACAKUGGGAACAAGAUCGAUAAAAAUAACCACUGGCUAUGGGGUGGCACGUUUAGCGGCCAUGCGAUUGGAUGAUCCGAAGAGCAAUAGGGAACUUCUUUUCCAGAACACCUACGUUUUUUUGUGCGGAGUGUAUACGAACGACAAGAAGAAAAGCAUCGUGAAGUUGCUUGAACAAGGCUGCGCGAUCAUGGUCUCCACUUCCAGGGAGGCAUGUUUGCGUCUAAAAUCCCUCAUGGCAGAAUCUUUGACKCAGCAACUGCCAGAGCAAUCCAAUAGGAAAAAGUUUGUUCUAUUGUUUGGAGACAGAGGGAAAGCGGUGCCCAAGUCUCUGUACAAGGCCACCAAGGAAGCAUURAUGGGUAUUGUCGACAACAACAAGCAAUCACCAUUAGCACGGGCUAUUUACGUGGUUGACUCAAAUUGGGUGAGUCUUUCGAUUGCGUGUGCCAAAAUGCUCGCACCAACCAACUUCCGACCAAAMGAUGGCGUUGAUUUGUGGCAUAUUUGCAAAGAUCUGCCUGAAUAAAGCAGUAGCGAGCCURAUGUUCAAAAAUUUCCAUGGCAAUGGGAUUGGACCGAUAAUAUUCAAAUAUAAAUAUGCUAUAAUG